UCCAAGAUGGCGGAGGCCGAGCAGUCGCUUGUGAAUGGUGUCACCAAUAUAAGUGUUCACGGCAAUGAUAAAAGCAAAGAAGAUGGAGAUGAAUUUGCGAAAAGCUGGGGUUUUAAUCUCCCUGAGCUCUACAAACUUGCUGUUAGAUUUUUUAAAGAGAAAGAUGGGAAAGCACUGAAGCUGACGUACAAGGAUAAACUUCGAUUAGUGGCUUACACAAAACAAGCUACGUACGGAAAGUACAGAAAUGAUGUCUCUCCUGAAGUAGGGUUUCUGGAUGUUGUGGGAAAUGACAGAAGUUUAAGUACCAAUCCCAGUGAAUGGCAAGCCUGGCAGGCCCUUGGGGACAUGUCACAGAGCACGGCUAUGGCUGAGUUUGUUAAGCAAUUAGACUCUCUAUGUCCACUAUUUAGACCUUUUACAGAGGCCCACAGUGCUGAAAAACAGGAACAGCAAAGAAAAAAACAGGAAGAGGAGGACCGCUUACGCCGGGAGGCGGAGGAGAAAGAGAGACAGCGACGGGAGGAGGAAGCUCAGAAACAGCUGGAGCUACAGAAACAAAAACAGCUGGAGCAAGAAAUGCAGAUAAGAGCAGCACUGAAUCAACAGACUGCUGUCCAGUUUGCCCAAUAUGCCCAGCAGCAGUACCCCAACAACAAACAACAACAAGACGAGUUGAUCCGACAGCUGCAAGAGCAACACUACCAGCAAUACAUGCAACAAGUGUAUCAACAGCAGCUUCUACAUCAGCAACAGCAGUACCAACAGAUGCAUCAACAAGCCAGCAACACAGCACCAACACAACAGGCACCUGCCAGUCAACAGAUGGCUCCACCCCCUACCCAACAGCCAGGCAGUCAGCAAAGUGAGACUCCUCCCCAAACAAAUGUUAACUCAAACGUCACCCCAAAUGGACCAGUAGAAGGAACAACAGAAAAGAAGCAAGAGGGAGAAGGCCAUGUUCCACCCCCUGCUUUGUUAAUGCCGGCCUCCAUCUGGACUCGUAAGGAUAUCCAAUCUUUCAAAGACAGUGUCAAACAUUGUCAAGAAAAUGUUAUUAAGAUUGGUUCCCUAGCAACAGCUACUGUGAGAGUGCCCACACAUGAGGACGGAACUUGUUUGUUCUGGGAGUUUGCCACUGACUACUAUGACAUUGGAUUUGGUGUGUACUUUGAGUGGACGGUGUCCCCUAGUACUACUGUGAGUGUGACCGUCAGCGAGUCCAGUGACGAGGAGGAAUUUGAUGAAGAGCAAGACACAAAGAAUGAUGUAGAGCAAGGUGCUAAGAAAGAUGACCGUCCUCCCACUGACGAGAUUAUCCCUGUUUAUCGUCGCGACUGCCACGAGGAGGUUUACUGUGGUAGCCACGCUUACCCUGGCCAGGGCGUGUAUCUAUUAAAAUUUGACAAUUCUUACUCUCUGUGGAGAUCAAAGACACUGUAUUACCGUGUAUAUUAUAGCAGAUAAAUAUUGUAUUGGAGACUCUUCUGUGUACUGGCGUGUUGCCAAAUGUGAUACCUUAAGGUUUUAUGAUAGAACACAUUGUGAGAGUGGCCUCAGACGAGUCAGAGAUUUCACAGAUUGAGAAGGCUUUAUGUAGUCAGCAGUGGUUCUAUGGCUUUAUAAAGUUAUAGCUAUGUGGUUUUUUCAUGUAAGGAUUACCUUUUUGUUUCAGCUAUGAAUUUUUUUCUUAAGUAUAAAUAAUAUCCUGAUUUGUUUUCAUUCUUGCCUAGUAAAUCAAUGGUUCUAGUCGGGGAAUAUAUUCUGUUUUCAAUACAGAAGAAAAAUGGUAAUUUAAAAAUUAUAGUGUAUGAAAUUUAUAAAAGACAAUGCUUAUUAGAGUUUGGGCUAUAGAAUACUCUGCCCUUUAGGUAGGUAUUUUUGUACCCUCUUCAUAAAAAUUCCUGUUAGCUUGUUUAUGUUUUAUCAUGUGCUAUCACUCUAUGUUGUUUAAGAAAUCAAUGUUAAAUUUUAAUGUAUCAGGAACUAAGCUUAGAUUUUAAGCAGUCACCUAUCAGUAUGUGGAUUUUUUGCCAUGAUGUAUAAAGGUCUUUGGUUAAAAAAUAUAUAUAUAUUAUACAUGUAUAUGUAAGAUCAAAAGAAAGAGAGGGUUUGAUAAGACAAAAUGUUACCUAGAGUUAACAUUUUAUAGCUGAUUGGAGUUUGGAAAAUGUUGGACUUAAAAUAUUAUCAAUUUUGAUUACCAAGACAAUAUCUCAAGUUUUUAAUAGAGAUUUAGAUGUUUAUAACACACGUGUAAUUUUUUCCAUACUAAUUAUAGAUAAAAGUAAAUGUGUAUAUUGGCAAUAGUUUGACCUAACCAGCUUUACCCGAAUUACUGUAUGUGUACUUAAAAAAGCGGGCUUCAUAUUUUAGCGCCUUUGGUGCACACAACAAUGCACUAAUUAAUGAAUACUGUUAAUAAAUCAUUAAUAAAUGCAAUAUAUGGUGCAGACGUGUGUAGCGCUAAUUCAUGAUUACAUCAACCACUCCAUACCCAGUGAUUGCGCUAAAUUUUGAAUACACCAAUUUAUGUACAUGUACAGUAUGUCAUCUAUGAUCCAGAUCAAAUUCAUCAAAAGGUCAUGAUCUCAUUGCUAUAGUAGCCUUCUAAAAUGUGAUUCUAAAGGGAAAAAGUUAAUUUUUUAGCUGCAAAUUAUUUACUGUAUUUUUAGGCCAAAAUGCAUCUUAAGUUUCUCAGGACAAACAUUUCAGAAAUGUUUGGAGUAAGAUUUAUGUUUGUUUUUCAUUUCAACAAAUAAUUAUACCAACAGAAUCUUACUUUUUUGUACUCUUAAUAAUAUUUGAUACUCAAUAAACUAAUUAAUGUUAUUCAACUUCUGAAUAAAAAUGUUUAUUGAUAAAUAAAAAUAUGUAUUGUGUGUAUGUAUGGGUGAAAAGGGGAAUAACCCAAUUUUCUUUUUCAAGUUGAAAAAUAGAAAAUUGAGUUGUUCCCCAUUUUAAUAUGAUCCGUGCGUCACGUUUUCUGAGAAACUAAGAUUUAUGUUUUUGGCCUUUCCUGUUAUUGACUGCCUCUCUAUUUACAUAUCAUACUGAUGUUGAUAAAUGUAGUUUUACUUUAAAAUUAACUCAUGUAAAUGUAUAAAAAAAAAUCAGUUUAGAUGUAAGUAGAUUCUAAAAUGCAUUGUACAUGAAUUGUAAAUUUCUCUAUUGAAAUAUAUGAGCCUGAUUAUUUUUUUUAAACUCAAUGCUCAGUUUCUUUUGAAUGGAUUUUUUAAUAGUAUCCAAAUAAUAAAUGUACAUGUUUGAAUUCAAUUAGAAUUUUUGACAAUUUUUUUGCAGGUAUAAAACACAAUUUUCCCCUUAUAAAUAAAUGUAAUAAUUUUUCAAAUGUAAAAUACAACAAAAUAAAUUUUGAGAUCUUGUCAUUGAAGAAACAUAAGAAAAUACUUCCUGAAAAUGAUGCUGUAUUUGGUUAGAAGUGCUUUGAUUUCCUCAAGAUAUUAAAUUACAUAUAAUAUCAUUCUGUCAUUCAAAAUCCUGUAUUCAUUAAUCAAUCUUGGAGUACAUGUAUAUCUAUGUUGUCUAUUAUAUGAAACACAUUUACAUAAAAGCAGUGGUUAAUGUGGCAUAUUUACAGUGGAAUCUCUUUUUAAGGUAUGACAUAAAUAACAUUGCAGUCUGUUAUUUACCAGUAGGUAAAUAUAUGAUUUGUUCUAGUAAAUAAGCAGGCUUACCUCCCUGGAGUUUUUUUUUCUGCACUGUAUUUUCUAGUUAUUUUUAACACACAACUUUAUCUGGUCACACUUCUAUCUUUUGUUGUUUUUUUUCUAAACAUUUUCCAAUUUUCUUUGUAUACCUAUACUUUAUUUUGUUUUAAAUCCUAAUAGAUUUAUUUAUAUUGUCCAUUUGUCCAUCAGUGCAGUAUUUUUGUACACUGGCCACCAGUGUUGUGACAUUAAUGUCUUACUGUAAAUCCAAUGUUAUAUAUUGUAAAUUGUAGUUAAUAUAUUAAUGAUAUGUUGGUCAUUACAUUAAUAUAAAAAUAAAUGAUUCAAAAAUUCUAA